GUAUAUGCGCUAGGGGACGUUAAACGUGACAUGCACAAGUUAAUUAUAUCUCUAUAGGUGCGUGUGUAAUUGUGUAGAUGUUGAAAAAAGCGAUUCGCAAAAGGAAAAGCACCUCAAGGGAGUAGGGGUUAUUUAUCCUUUGACGGGGCUUACCGAUACCGAUAUACAUAAGAGAUUAAAAAAAAAAAAAAAGAUACCGGUUCUCUGUCGUGUGUGUAUACAAUAAAAUGUGUUGUGCAUAAAUUAGUUAUUUUCUGCCAUUUCAUUCCACAUUAAAGUAACGAGUGAGAGACGUGCCUUUUAAGCUGAAAAUCGGAAGUCUGUGCAAUUUUUUUGUACGCGAUAGUUGUUUUGUUUGAUGAGAUAAUAAAUUUAGAAAAAUGGUGUCUGGUGAUCUGAGAUUCGACGGGCGAGUUGUUAUUGUUACUGGUGCUGGAGCAGGUUUGGGUAGAGCAUAUGCCCUUUUAUUCGGGUCCAGAGGUGCUAGUGUAGUUGUUAACGAUUUGGGUGGAGGUAGACAUGGAGAUGGAAGUAGCACAAAAGUCGCAGAUAGCGUUGUCCAAGAAAUUCGUAGAAAUGGAGGAAAAGCUGUAGCAAAUUAUGACAAUGUCUUGGACGGUGAAAAGAUAGUCAAAACUGCCAUUGAUGAAUUUGGCAGGAUUGAUGUUGUGGUGAACAAUGCUGGCAUAUUGCGAGACAAGUCAUUCCUCAAGAUGACAGAUUCCGAUUGGGACAUUAUUCACGACGUCCACCUGAAAGGCUCCAUGAGAACAACGAGAGCUGCUUGGCCGUAUUUUCGCAAACAGAAUUUCGGCCGAGUUAUCCUGACCUGCAGCAACAGUGGUCUUUAUGGUAAUUUUGGCCAAGCGAAUUACAGUGCUGCUAAAAUGGGGCUCGUCGGGCUUGCCAAUACCUUGUCCAUUGAAGGCAAAAAAAACAACAUUCACACUAAUGUCAUUGUACCAACCGCGGGGUCUAGACUUACGGAAGACAUCGUUCCUCCCGACUUUUUUGAGCAACUCAAGCCGGAAUUGAUUGCUCCGGUAGUAUUUUGGCUCUCUCACGAAGAUUGCACGGAAAAUGGAUCAAUUAUUGAAUCCGCUGUCGGCUGGACUGGCAAAUGUCGACUUGUUCGAUCAAAUGGAUGCUUACUAAGGAAAAGCUUGAACGAUGGAGUCACGCCUGAAAAAGUGAGAGAAAAUUGGUCUACUGUAACUGACAUGUCUAAAGCUAAGACUUACGACUCCAUCGAGGAAGUUACCGGGGAAUUGAUGUCUUCUUUGGAUCAAUUAAGAUCGAAUGAAUCUUCUUCGAGUGAGAAGGAGCUGACAUUAGAAACGAAUUACACGUAUCGCGACGCCAUUCUCUACGCCCUUGGUGUUGGUGCCACAAGACAAGAGCCACGAGACAUUCAGUAUCUUUACGAAAAUCAUGAAAACUUUUCGCUCAUGCCGACGUUUUACGUCUCGUUUGGCCCCAUAGGCUGCAUGUCUUCGGACCUACUACAGGACGUUAUUCCUGGAGUUCAAAUGAACCCAACAAACAUAUUACACGGAGAGCAGUACAUAGAAAUUCACAAAAAAUUGCCGACCGAGGGAAAGAUCGUGAGCCGCUUCAGGGUCCGGGAGAUAUUGGACAAAGGAAAAGGAGCUGUGAUUCUCGUGCAAUACGAAACGUUCAACGAAGUAACCAAUGAUAAAUUAACCACGAAUCAAAUGUCGUUGUUUAUCGUGGGCGCCGGAGGAUUCGGGGGUCCCCGCAACUCGCAACACUCAGUCCCAUGUAUCGAUCCUCCGAAACGAAAACCGUGUGCCUCCGUCACUCAAAAAACAAGCUCUGAUCAAGCUGCCCUUUACAGACUGUCCGGGGACUACAAUCCGCUUCACAUGGACGACAAUCUCGCGUCAAUGGCUGGUUACUCCGAGCCGAUUCUUCAUGGCCUGUGUUCCCUCGGUUUUUCGGCUCGUCACGUUUUGCAAACAUUCGCGGAUGGCGAUCCCGAUUCCAUGAAAGCGCUAAAGGUGAGAUUUGCCAAGCCGGUCAUUCCAGGACAGACACUGCGUACGGACAUGUGGCGCGAGGGUAACAGAAUCCACUUCCAAACCACUGCCGUGGAAAAUAAUGCCAAAGUGCUAACUGGUGCCUACAUGGAUUUGAAAGAAGUGAAGACACCGUCCGUCCGACGGAACAAUUGUUCUGCGUCCAAGAACUUGGAGUGUGACGCUGUAUUUGCUCAAAUGGGUGAUUAUGUAAACUCUCACACGGAUCAAGUGAAGAAAAUCAAUGGGGUGUUCCAUUACGUCAUUAUGGAUAAGGGCGUGCCUUCGGCUGAUUGGACGUUGGAUUUGAAAAAGGGGACUGUUUACAAAGGAAAGCCAGAGGGAAAGGUAGACACUACCCUUACCAUUGAAGAUAAGGAUAUGGUGCAAUUGGCUCUUGGUAAAAUGAAUCCUCAAAUGGCAUUUAUGAAGGGAAAACUCAAGAUCAAGGGUAACAUUAUGCUGACUCAAAAGUUGAAAUCUCUACUUGAUGCCAAUAGACCAAAGUUGUAAAUGUAAUUCGAUAAAUUAAAUUAUUUUUACGGGAACAAAUCAAGGCUAACACAAAGUUUUAUGUAAAAAAAAAAACUUUCAUUUUUUUUGUUUAUUUUUUCUGUUAGUUAAUUCGUAUGCUAUUCCAAGUCAUUCCUUAGAAGGGGUAGUGAUUUUAAGGGUUUCUUAUUGUAACUUAUGUAUUUUUUACAAUAUAUACAUUUAAUAAAAACUUUUUUAACAAAUUGA